AUGGCUUGCUACUGUGAUACAAACUCGACCCAGUCAGUUGAAGGAAUGGCUUCACAUAAUGCUGAAAGCUGUUUAGAAUUUUUCAAGCAAAUAGGUCGAUUAAAGCAUAUGAAAAGAACUGGAUGGGUUCUUCGUAAUGUCAGUGAACCUGAAACUAUAUCUGGUCACAUGUACCGGAUGGCCAUUAUAUCAUUUCUUCUUGACGAGAAUGAUAAUGUGAACAGAGAUAGUCAUGAAGUUUCUGCCAUGUCACUGGUUCAUGACAUGGCAGAAAGUACAGUGGGUGACCUCACUCCACACUGUGGGGUCUCGGAGGAAGACAAACACAAACAAGAAGUGGCAGCUAUGGAGCAUUUCAUAACCUUGGUUGGAGAAAAAGCAGGAAAUGAAAUGUUUAAUUUGUUUAUGGAAUAUGAAGAACAGAAAACACCAGAGGCAAAGCUUGUAAAAGAUUUGGAUAAAUUUGACAUGAUCUUGCAAGCUUUUGAGUAUGAGACAAGUCAGGAUCGAAAAGGAUCACUGGAAGAAUUUUUCAAGUCAACUGAAGGCCAAUUUACCCACCCUAAGGUACAGCAGUGGAUUGAAGAAUUGUACAAACAAAGAAGUAAAACGCUUAAUGAACCCGAUGAAUGCUCGUAAUUUAACUAGUAAUUGCUUUGUUGUUAAAGCAAACUGUGGUACUGUUUUGUAUUCUAUGACUCGAAAACCUUUGCUUUUUUUUUGUUUUUGUUUUUACGUAGGUAUGUUUAUUUUCCUUUUUAUAAUGAAAUUUUUUCCAAUCACUGUUUGGUAUGUUUUCUAAUAAGUGAAGAGAUUGUAAAAGCCCAUUGCUUAGCCAUUUCAAAACAAGUAAUAAU